AAUAUAUAUAUAUAUAUAUAUAUAUGUCCACCACUGUUAUUAAUUAAUCCACUAAAGGAUCGCGAUCGAAGAUUUCGUUAUAUUGAUUGAUCAUCAGGUAUGUACUUGUUUUCUUUAAUUUCUCUUCCAAUUAUAUUUUCUUAAUCUAUGCACGUGUAAAUAUAUAUAUGUCUAGUUAUCUCUAUUGUUUAAGACUACUUGCAGUACGUGAUUAAUUACUGUAAUCACAUUUAAAUGCAGAAAUGAGUUUCGUAACACAAGUGAAAUUGCUACUUCAACCAAUUAUCUUCCUAUACAAGUUCUUGUUUGGAAGGAGAAUUUCUGAUACCUCAAACAACAAUAACAGUACCUCUCAUCAACCACCAGAUGUUGCUACUACCUCUAUUGUAUCUUAUGAUUCCGGGGAGUAUUCCGAUCCACUACCCCUCCCGACCGGGGAGUACGAGGUGUUCUUGAGUUUCAGAGGUCCAGACACGCGUCAUCAGCUCACUGAUAUUCUUUAUCGGUUUCUGGUCCAUUUAAAAAUCCGCACAUUUAGGGACGAUGACGAGCUCCGCCAGGGAGAAGGGAUAUGGUCCAACCUCGUUAGGGCUAUUGGGCAAUCCAAAGUUUAUAUACCGAUAUUGUCAGAGACUUACGCUCAUAGCAAAUGGUGCCUUGAAGAACUUGCCGAAAUCGUUGAAUGUCAAAAGCAAAACAAAGGGCACAUAAUACUUCCUAUUUUCUACAUGGUGGAUCCAAGAGAUGUGCGGCAUCAAACAGGACCUUAUCAAAGUGCUUUUCAGGAACAUGAGAAGAAGUUUGAUGCGAAAACCAUACAAGUCUGGAGACAUGCUUUGGUUGGCACGUUAAAAGGAUGGCACGUCAAGAGCAAAGAUGAGUAAGUAAUCUGAUGGCCUCAACUUUCUCUUUUAUACUGUUGAUGCCCUUAACUUGUAGUUUUACCUUAAUUAUUGACAUCAUUCAUAAAAAUGGUUUAAAGGUAGUUUUACUUCCUUUACCAUACCAUUUUGAUUAACAAACAUCGGUAUAUAUAGGAUAAUUUAUAAUGAAAACUUUCAUUUACUAUAUAUGACAUUUAUUUGUUCUUAGUCUCGUUUUGUUUUAAAGAAUAUUCUUAUAUAUAAAGUUGGAGUAGCUUUACUGUUGCCAAAACAAAUUACAAAUUAGUCCUUAUAAUAUUUUACAUUUUGAUACCUCAAAUUUAAUUUUAAUGUAAAAUCAUUGAAUAAUUAUAUGUUUGUAACUAUAUGUUAUGAGAUUUUGGUACCUACAAUUUUUUUAAAUUUACAUAUUGGUACAAUGUCUAGAUUUCGCUUGAAUCCAUGAAUCCAAUCCACCAUAACAAAACAGUAUAAAUUUAGUUUGUAUCAUACAAGAUGUUGUAUCACUCAAUUGUAGGAGAAGAUUCGAUGAUUUUAUAAUUGUUCAUUACGUGAAAUAUUAAAUAAAUGAUAAAAGAGAGACGACUCUAAAUAUUGUAAGAGUGAAUUUAUAAACUCAUUUAGUACAUUUACAGGUACUAAACAAACUUCUACUAACUACAUGUAACAAAAUAUGCGACACCUAUAGGAGUGUGCAACGGUUCGGUUCAGUCCGAACCGGACCUAACUCAUGAGAAUCGCAGUCCAUUAGUGAAAAGACAUCUUAGGACCAAGGACCGGACCAUCAUUGCAUUCUGUCCAUUUGGUUCAAUUAUGUUUGGUCUAGUCCAAAUAUCAGUUCGGUCCAUCAUUGCUUCAGUAAUUGCAAAAUUCAUGUGGAUCAAGGACCGAACCGCAUUAUACUCGGUCCGGUCCUGGACCGAACCAUUGCACACCCCUAGACAUCUAAAUAAGCAAGUGUCAAUAAAUUUUUAUGGUGAAAAAGGUUGAUUGUUGUAUUGACAGGCAACUAAAAGAAUUGGUCAAAACCUAUCCAUCAUCUACUUCCUCUUCGUUUCAUUUUUCACUCGCCUUUCAUAACCCUUUCUUUAUUUCUUUCUUUGCUUUCUUCGUAUAACCCUAAUUAGUAUACUAUUUUUAUGUAUUAUAAUCACAAGUAUGAACGGGUCUUUACACGACUCACCAACAGUCUAGAGAAUUAAUAAUUUAACCAUGAACCACUAUUUUUUUUAGCUCAAUGUCGAGUCCAAGUAAAAAUAAAUAAAUAUGGUUAUUACUUAUUAGAAAAUCAUCAUUUUCCACUAUGAUAUUUGAAGACUUGAAUUCUUAAGCGAGUUCCAGUUUGUAUUCAUUUUGCUUCUCUCUAGACUUUUUCUUUUUUCACCCGGGCUAGAAUUUUCUACAAUUAUACAUGGAAUGUUUGACUAGAUAUCUACACAUAUCAAAUAAAUAGUUUCCAUUUUUCUAUAAAAAAAUUAAAUAAUUUUCAUCAUAAAUACAUCACCAUAAAAGUAAUUAAUCCUCAACUAUGAAAAUUAAAGUUCGGCAUCUAAACUUAAUAGAUAUUUAGAUUUAUAACAUAAAUUUACUUUUUUGUCAUAUAAGUCCUCAAAAUAUUGUUGGAACAUUACAUUUUAGUACAUAAAAAUUUUAUGUAUAACAUUUUGGUACCUAAACUUUUGAAGUUCUAAAAAUAGGUAUAAUUUUUGUAUCUGUAAUUAAAAUACACUCGAAUAAAUGGGUAUCCAUACCCAACUCAUACACAUUUAGAUUAUGGAAGUAAAUAUUCACACCCUACCCAAACCUAUCUACAAACUUCCAAACCCAUAUAUACAUCACUCAUACCCUAGCCAUAAUCAAUGGGUCUAAUUGGG